CCUGUCUAUGUCAAUAAAAACACAAUACGACGGAGAAGUUUUGACGUGUCCACACAAAAGGGAAAAUCGAACUUUCGAGCUAGAAAAAGUGAAAAAUUAGUCAGAAAACGGAAAAAAUUGUGUAUAUUUUGUGAUGUGAGUGCAUUCAGCAUAGGAACCGAACUGGAGCCGAAAUCGCAGCCGUCGCCAUCCGUGGAAACAAUGAGCUGGUUCGAUACGACAGGAAUUGCCAAUCUGGCAAAAACGGCAUUGAAGGAGGCCCAGAAACAGAUUGACAAGGCCUUGGAUAUUAAGGAAGAUGUCGAGGACGGUGGCGGCGGUAACGGCGGCGCUGACAAAGACAGUGGUCUCGCAGGAAAACAAAACCCCGAUUCGUUGGUUGGGACAAGUGCUAGCAUCCGCACUGAACCGUGCAAUCCGGUUACGGAAGUGAAGGGCGGUGGAAACGUCAGUAGGGGGCAAAUGGAUAGUAUUUGGGGAUCGUUUACCGGGUCGUUCUUUGAACAACCAGUAACAGCUGCCAAUGUGACUGUGACAAAGCCUCCGUCCAGUUUAAAACGAAAGAGUUUCGAGGAUUCCGGAAUGGCUGAAGUACCGGAAAAGCUUGGAUCGCCCGAGAAUAGUUCAGAAUCUAUCGAGCUACUGAGUCCGGUAACAACACCCGGUUCGGCUUUAACAUCGCCUAGUUCCGGUCCUACUUGUCAGGAGGAAUCAGAAUCGGUGGAAGUUAUUAAGAUGCAAGGGACGGCUUCGAGUGUGUCGUCACCGGAUUCGAUAGCUACGCUCGAUCGCAGUCCACAAUUGGAAGGAGAGGAAGAGGUUCGGUUCACGUCUGUCGACCUGGACGGAGAUGAUGAUAUCAGCGUGGAAGAAGAUUCAAUUUCAUACACCCUAUCGGAGCAACCGAUUACGAUUAUGGAAACUGGUGAUCAACCUGGGGCAAUAACAGUGGCUCCAAGUCGUAGCAGCUUGCAUUUGAGUUUAGAUAAAUCUUCUCUUACGCGGCAGAUGACUUUUUCGGAGGUUUCGGUUUGCGAAACAGAAACUUCUAAUGAUUCGGAAACAACGGUGACCUCGGAGGAAAGAGGUAAACUGCCAGUGGAAGAGUUAGAAAAGUCAUACGAAAACAUCGAAAUUCAAACGCAGAUCUCGGAUUCUACUCAUAGCUUCGAAGAGAUUCAGGCAUUGCAAGUGCCGGCGGAACACAAGCAGUUGGAAGCGACUUCGUCGCAAAAUUCCGGAGAUGAAAUAGAAACGGCAACUUCAUCGGAUAUUGAAAUCAUAUCUAGUCCUAAUGGCGACUCUAGCAGUACCAAUAGUGGGGCGUACAGAACAAGUCCACUGAAAAUUCCAGAUGGAAAAGGGAACAUUGAUAUUAUGAUGAUUAAAAAACGAGGCCAUAACCGUGAACUGUCCGAAGUUUCGGUACAAAGUGUAAACAGUGAUGAUUUGAGUGAAACGGACAAGUUGAUGCGAAGGAUAGCGGAAGUUUCGGAUAUUCUAGAGCAAAGAGAGCUUCGUCUGUUGGAACUCGGUCGGCAAAAUGCUGAGCUUCACGAGCAAAAUUGUCAGUUGACUGCUCAGUUGGAGCAGAAACAAAAAUGCGCAGAGAGCUGUGAAUCCGAUGAGUACACGCAACGGUUGUCUGCCCUGGAGAAAAAGUUUCAACAAGCGAUACGGGUAAGGGAAUCGUUCAAAAAACAGUUGGAGGUCGCGCGAACAGAGGCACAGGGCAAGAUAUCGCAGUUGGAGGUUAAUAAGAUUGUCGAUGAGAAAAACAUUAUGAUCGAAGAGUUGAAAAAGGAAGGCGAAAAGUUUUCCAAAGAGGUUUUGAUCCAUUCCAACAUUAUUAAAAAGCUACGACUUAAAGAGAGGGAAAGUGAGUCUCUGAUCAAGAAGCUUAAGGAAGACAUUGGAGAUUUGAGAGAUGAAACGGAGCGGCUUAAGCGGUCUUUGUCAGCCAAGGAAGAAGUGGAACGUUCGCAAAUCGAUGCCGUACACAAACUGUCCUCAGAGAAGCGAAAGCUCGAAAAAGAUAACGGUUCGCUGAAAAGUCAACUAGACGAUCAGACUCAGAAGCUGGAAACUCUGAAAAAGAGUUUCGACUUUGCCAGAAAAGAACUCACGGAGAAAACUGAAGCUUAUCAAGAUCUGGUAAGAAAGUCUUCCCUGCUGUCUACGAUGGAAACUGAGCACGGUAAUAUGCAAAGAUUGAACGAACAGAUUACUACUGAGUUGGAUGAUUUACGCGAAAAAUUACGAACCGCUGAGUUGGAACAUGCACAGCGCUUUCAGCGGUUAAAGAACGAAAAUGCAGAGCUGUUGCUGCGUAUCGAAGAAACGGAAAUACGAUCGGAAGAGGAAAAGAACGCCACAGCGAUGGCCACCGUUCCGUUGAUGAAACAAAUCGAGUCGCUCCAAAACUCAUUGCGUAACAAGGAGCGCUUGUGGGAGCAACGCGAAGCAGACAUUCUUCGUAAGCUGGACGAAUCUGUAAGCAAAUCAAAAACGUUUGUCGACAACGAGCGGUCGUUAAAGGAUCAGAUAUUCACUCUUAACGGUCGAAUCUCCAAUUUAGAGGACAGACUAACCACCGCUCUGUUCAAAGCCGAAGAUCUAACCAACAACCUGCAGCAAAAGCAAAUCGAACUUGAACUUUUGGAAAGUGAUCAUAAAAUUAAAAUUAACAGCUUGGAGGUUGAACGGAAAUCUUUGAAAGCGACACUAGCCGAACUCGAAUCCGCAGUGGCAGAAAAAGAACACAAAAUCGUCCAGCAGAAGGAUCAAUUGGAGAAACUCAAAGCCCAGCAGUCCAUCGUCAACCAACAUCACAGCAAACAAGACACUGUUUCUUCCGUUCAGCGUCAUUCUCCUCCAUCACCAUUCUCCCAAGUGGGGGGUGCCCUUGGAGCACUGGGUAUCGAAUCGCGCACCUCUUCGCCGACACCGAGCAUGGGAAAUCUGUCGCUGCCGGAAUCGAUCGGGAGUAUCCCUUGGAACCAGGCGGAUGAUGACGGAUUAGGGUCGAACAGUGGUCGACAAACAAUCGGUGGACUGCCAUUGCUACACACCACCUCGUUGCUGGAGAAUCUACAGGCCACUCUUAAGCAGCGCGAUGGCGAAGUGUAUCAACUACAGUGGGAGCUGUCCCGUUUCCAGCAGGAGCGUAAUGUUUUGCACGCGGAAAUAUCCAGUCUGACCGCGGAAUUGGAGAGUAUCAAGGAAAAAAGUGAGCGCACCGCUAGACUGGAAGAAGAGCACACCCAACUGCAGGAACGGUAUGACGCGCUGCUCCAGUUAUACGGUGAAGCCGUGGAGAAAACCGAAGAACUGAAUCUGGACCUGGAAGACGUGAAGGAGAUGUACAAAGUGCAGAUUGACGAUUUGCUGCGACAGGUCGCCGCCGGGAAGCAAUUAUAGUGGUCGGGAAGAUAGAACUAGUGGUGUUAGCUGCUGCCUUCGUAGUCGUUUAGGACGAUAAGUGCAAGAUGUUUUUUUUUUUGUUGAUGGAAACACAGAUUUGCACAACAUAGGCGGUGUUCACUUGAUGAACGCAUACUAAAAGAGAAAUAGCUUCUAACAGUUUUCAGAAACGUUUACUCGCUAAAGUUGCGAUAAUGUACGAUCUGAGGUCGCUUUGUUCGAGAGAGUACAUUUGGGUUCGCCACAGAAGGCAGAAUCACGAAAGGCAGAAGCACGAAAGGCGGAAUCAUGAAAGGCAGAACUCUAUGACCGUGCACACAAGGCAGAAUAUUUCAAAAGGCAGAAUUUCGAAGGGCACGAAAGGCAGAAUCACUGAUAGCAGAACCUGACUCACGAUAGCCAAGUGCGUGAUGGCAAAUUGGUGCGAAUCCUGGUCACGGUAUCAAAGCUGCUACUCUACAUUUAUUAUUUGAUAUUAUUUGGUAACCAGACAUAAUAACUAGUCACACAGCAAUGAUCAGUUUUGAUAGGGGGUGCAAUUCAAGCCUAAUUGUUAGAUCCGAAACGCGCAAACUGGUUUGGCUCAGCUCCUCAAGACUCUCAUGGCAUCGCGGAGAGUAAUCUUUCGAUGUUAGGUAUAACUUACACUAGUCUCAACGGCUUGUUGGUUAUAAUUAACAUAAAACAAUUCAUGCGGCGAAGACGCAUAAUCGAGGGCAAGGAAUCGAGGCGGCACAAAGCCGCCGUGGUUUCCGCGGUCCGAGCCGGCCGCCGACCCGCCGUCGGAAGCGGCGGCCUCUCGCAUACAAACAACUGAUCUAUUGGUUUUCUGAGAUUAUUCAAACAGGUUUUCUUUCCCUUAGUUAAGUCCGAACGAGCGGUAGCGAGUAAGGACAGCAUACACUUGGACAAUAGAGUCGGCCAAAGGCCGCGAGUGUGUGUUGUUUAAAAGAAAAUAGACCAUCUUUGAUUCUGCCAUUCGUGCUCUUUGUGAUUCUGCCAUUCGUUAUUCUGCCUUAUGAAAUAUUCUGCCUUUCGUAAUUCUGCUUUUCGUGAGUCUGCCUUUCGUGAUUCUGCCUUUCGAUUUUCUGCCUUUCGUAGGAGACCCGUACAUUUGAGGUUUUCAGCUUUCCGGCUUGAGUCGUUAUUUGUCAAAUCUGUUAAUUUCCCGGGUGGAAAACUAGGGGAAAGUCCUUUUUUUAAACGACAGUCUAAAUAUUUUUAAUAUUCUUCUAUCAUAGAAUUAGAAAAAUUUGAUGCGCUUCGUACUGCAAUGGUUCUAUAUUGUUCAAAACAUAUAGCAAGAAAAUCAAAUUUAUCGGUUGUCGGUAUCAGCAACACAUCAUAAUUCAAAAAAAAAAAUAGUCUAAGAACACCUACAGUGUAGUUUAAUAUAUUUAUCCAGAAAAUGGAAA